AUGAACUCGGUCCCCCAACGGAAGAGGCCUCGCUCCUAUUGGAACAAUCCAACAUCAGAUUUGCCUCGUGCGUCCCUUUUUGAGCUGGAAAGCUAUUUUCUUUUGGGUCCUGAGCAGGCGGCGGCGGCGGACUGCGACACGCGGACGGAGGCGGCGGCCGGCGAGGAGACCGACGGUGGAUUCGGCGACAGGGGCGUCUGGUUCGACAACCCCCACGUGUUCCAUCGGAGCCUCGCAAAUGUGCCAAUCAGCUUUUGUUUCGCGCCUGAGGAGGGGGCCCAGGUUCAGACCGAGCUCGGGCCAACGGCUUUUGUCAAGGCCGGCAUCACGUCGCUGCCGCCUUCGCUCCUCGGAGCUGAGGCGUGCGGCGUCAAGAACAACGUCGUCGUGAAGAAGGAGGCCGCCACCGAGGAGGCCGCCUGCCGCGCAUUCUGCAAGCGGAUCCGGCGCCCACAGCUGCUGACGCGCCUGUGUGCGUGUGCACAGGGCAUCACCGAGUGGACGACCCCCUCAAAGUCGCGCCGCAACAACGAGCGCAACGAGCGCAAGGAGGCGUCCGCCCCGAUCGACUGCGGCAACGGGUACGGGGCCCUGCUCGGGUCGGGCGGCAACGAGGGCAUCGUCGGUGGCAAGGCGACGUCCAAGGCGACCCGCAGAUCCACGCCGUCGGCCACAAACUCGGGGCCUAUGUCCAAGACCAAAGGGCAGGGUGAUGCAAAGAUGACUCCAAGGGGCAAGCAUAUCUCCAACGUUGACGACGCGUACGAGGCCCUCAAAAGCGGCGGUAACCGCGACCUCGUCGGCGAGUCACUCGCCGAGAUGCAGCGGAGGUCGGCAGACGACAUGGGCCGUGCAAAGGUGCUGCUUGACAUGGUCGACAGGUCGAGGGGGCGCCCGGGCGGCCCACUGGAGCGCGCCACCAAGGCGAAGGAGCAGCCCAGAAAGUACUCCGAGAGGCAGAUUGCGGAGUGGCGCGCGCGCGUCGAAGCGCUCUGCUGCCCGGCGCCCGGCUUCGUCAUGAAGUGCAGCUUGACGGGGACGCUGCCGUGGCUCGGCAAACUCAAGGACGAAUCGGACAUCACCACGAUGGGGCGGCGCGUCACCCGCACCCACGCCUUUUUUACCGAGGCGGGAGGCGGCGAAGGCACCGUCGACGACGAGGAAUGGUACGACAUGGACCCCGACCGCGGCCACACGCUCCGGCGCAACGCGCGCGCGCAAGGAGUUGUUCUGCCCGAGGGGCACCGGGGCAAGCGCCAGGCCCCCUCCGAGGGGGGCAGCUUUAAGCUCGACUUCGAGAAGGACGUGCACCGCGUCAGCGCAGCGGAGGAGGAGGAGGAGGAGUUUGGAGACCUGCCCGCCAUGGACCCCGCCCUCAAGGCGGAGGUGGUCGUGUGGCUAGCGGAGCGCGAGGAGGAGCGGCGGCCGGACGGCACGCUCGCGGGCGCCGCUGCUCGCACGACACGCGGGCGUGCAGCGCGCGAGCUGGAGGGGGGGAAGGGAGGAGGGUGGCGAUAUACCGAUAUAGGCCGCUCCUCGCACGCGGGCUUGGCGCACGAGCUCGAGGGGGCGGAGUUUGAGCCGAGGAUGGGCGAGACUCUCAAGGGCGACAUGCUCAAGUGGCUGAUGGAGAGGGAGGGGGUCGUGCCACCCGACUCGGAGCGGGACUCGUACGCCGCGCUGGAGGCGGAGAUCGACGCGAAGACGGGCGGCUCUCAUCUCCACCUCCAAAGGGGGAAGAGCCUCAAGAAGGGGACAAUGGGUUCCAU